GUUCGUUUGGUUCGGCUUCGGCGGCGCACACACGCGCGCCACCUACACUGGCCGCGAGCCUUACAUACGGGGAAUAAACGACGUGAAAUGGGAAAAAAGUUAAAUAUGUAUGAGUGCGGGUAAAUAUAUAAAUCGGUAUAUAAAGGCGUUUAUAUAAAAUAGAUGGGAGCGCGCCGGUCGCGCUGCGCUCGGCUCAGUCGCGUGCGGACCUCGCAGCCGCCCGCCGCGGACCACAUCUCUCGCCUCCCGCUCGCACCUCUCGAUGUUUUCGCGCCAGUUUCUUCCGAACACAUAAACAAUGCAAAACAAACUUUUCAUUAUGUAUAAAGUAUAUCCAUGACUAAUUUACGCCAGAGACAGUGUUUUUGUGUUAUGACUUAAGUUUUUCCUACUUCACGUGGUCGGCCGGCGGAAGUUUUCCCAACUUGAUUCCCUGAAAAUGAUGCCUAUUUUGAUACUGGCAAUAUUCGCCGUGGUCUGGGCGGGCCCCCAUUGUUCAAGCGCGGCCACCAAGCCCGCGACCCGAGCGACCUCCCUGGGCCCCGCCACCCCACCGCCCAACGCAAAACGAUGUCGGCUUGUUCCAAUGAAUGGGACGCGAGAGGACUUCCGCGAUGCGAACAGGUUACAUAUCGUGAACAAAGAGGCUGGCAACACAUGGAUAAUGUUACGUGACAGUGAAAAACUUCACACGCGCUGUAUAUAUCACGAAAACUCUCCAGUAUGGGAACAGCUUAACAGCGCAACUUUGGCCAUUAACGUCACCAAAAUCCUAUCAGCGGAAACUCAAAAUAUUGGAUUCAUCGAGUUAGUGGAGACGGGGAAAGGGUUCGAGUGUGAAACUUUGCUGAAGUGCACACUCAUUGACUCGAGACGAUCAUCCAGUGCCUCCAUACAAUUCUACAUUAGUGAAUCAGGUCGCGCCAACUUGGCAUGUGAUCCGCUAAACUUCCCCGGCCCAGACGUCCAUCAAGACACUGUUGCACGGUGCUCGUUAGUGCGAGAAGCAGGGCCGGUACGUUCGUUCAAACGCAAACGUUUAAAACGCUCUGCAGAUUCCCGGCCGGAGUUGGUUUAUACUUUCAUCGAGCAGGCGGUACAACCGGGGUCGCAGGUUGCUUUGAAAUGCUCUGCGGUUGGCGAACCACCGCCCAGAUUUCGAUGGUUAUUAGACGGGCAGCCCAUUCCUGCACACCAUGGGGCUGCUAUCACGGAGGGCCGGGAGAAUGGUCCCGCGGGGCUGGGCCCUGGGAGUAGCUACGUGCUGUCGACCCUGUCACUCAGCAGCGCCAGAGUUGAGCAUGGAGGCCGGUAUGAGUGUCGAGCUACUAACAACCACGGUAGCGUGGCUCAUGCUGCCAGGCUUAAUGUUUACGGUCCGCCGUACAUAAGGGCUAUGAGUCCUGUGAAAGCUGUUGCGGGGUCCGAAGUGACAAUUUGGUGCCCUUACUACGGAUUUCCUAUUGAUUCAGUGAGAUGGGAAGGAGGUGCAGGCACAGACCCUCGUUACCAACAAAUGGAUGGUCAGCUCACGAUAACGAAUGUUGACCGUAAUCGGGACAAAGGAGGUUGGACUUGCUCUGUCCUCACACCGGGAGGAGAACUGGCGAGAAGAGAGGUACAAAUUACCGUGGUAUCACCACCAGUUUUAUCUCCAAUCGUGUUCCCUCCCGGGCUGAGAGCUGGUGAUCGUUCACAACUGACGUGCACUGUGACGUCCGGAGACAUGCCUGUCUACUUCUCAUGGCUGAAGGAUCAAAUGCCUAUAUCCAGUGCCCUUCAGGUGGAUGAAAGGGGAGCAGAGUUUUAUAGCAUGUUGCUUUUCAAAAGUUUGACGGCAGCUCACAGUGGGAUUUAUACUUGUGUUGUCACUAAUACCGCUGGGAAGGCCAACAUGUCCGCUGAACUGGCGAUAAAAGUUCCUCCUUAUUGGCAAAUCGAGCCUUCAGAUACGGCCGUACUUUUAAAUGGAUCACUCACAGUUAGUUGUGAAGCCCGAGGUCAUCCUCCUCCUUCAAUAUACUGGACCAAAUUUUCAGGUAGCACAGAAACGACUUUAGGGGGAGUAUCAGACCCGGUAGUACUAACAAAUGGUUCAUUGAGGAUAGAAUCUGCAAGGGCUGAACAUUCGGGCAAAUAUCGUUGUAGAGCUGACAAUGGGGUAUCACCGCCUUUAUCUACUACACUCACCAUACAUAUUAAUGAGCCAGCGAGAUUUGAGACGCAAUCAGCGAACGUGACUGCUAAGCUAGGGGAUACGGUUAGAUUGGCUUGCGUUGCUCGCGGCGACUCCCCGCUCGCAACCGCUUGGAGUCAUUCGGGACGAGCGCUACCUAAUUCUGACUACAGAAUGAGCAUAUCAGAAACAAGAAGCGCAGAAGGUUUGAGAAGCGAAUUAGUAAUAGAGAGAGCCGACAGAAGGGAUUCUGGAGUAUACCGCUGUCAAGCUUCCAAUCCAUAUGGAAGAUCCGACCAUUUUGUACAUUUGGCUGUUCAAGAGCCACCAGAACCACCUGCAAACUUCAGGGUAUUAGAAGCCACCUCUCGAUCAGUUCGUCUCCAAUGGCGAAGGCCCUACGAUGGGAACUCACCAGUUCUAGGAUAUAUCGUGCAAUAUCGUAAGCACGACUCCAGCAAUACGGAUUCUUGGAGGGAUGCCGAUACCCAUAAUGUUUCAGUAUCGGCUCAUGCGGUAGACUCUUAUUCUGAGACAGAGAGUGCGACAAUAACAGGAUUAGAACCGGCGACGGCGUAUUUAGUGCGGGCUCGGACGGUGACUGCCCAAUUUGCGUCGGCUCAUACGAGAGCUUUGCUCGCGCUAACGCUCCAUGAACCGCCUUCCAGAGCGCCAAUCAGCCUGCGAGCGUCGGCGCCUAGAUCGUCAACUAUCGAACUGGCGUGGCAGGCACCCCCCUCGUCAUCCUGGAACGGAGAACUCCUAGGUUACACAGUAUGGUGGUGGCCCUCCGCCGAUGGAACUUUAGCAGGAGGGGCAAACGUAGGCAUGGAGUUCGCCACAGUCAGAGGACAAAUAACAAAGUACAUUAUCGAAGGUCUGGAACAUUAUACCCGAUAUUCUGUUAGCGUAAGAGCUUUCAACAGUGCGGGUGCCGGCCCGGCUACGGCUCCAGUUAACACUUUGACUCAAGAAAGUGUGCCAUCAGAAGGUCCCCGGUCCGUCAGAUGCCGCGCCGUAUCGCCACAAAGUAUAAAAGUGGAGUGGUCUCCCCCUCCCGCGCACGCUCAUCACGGCGCUUUGCUAGGUUACAAAUUGCUUUACCGUCCGGAACAUACGACUGAGUGGUUGGAGUGGGAGGAGCGAGGGAACGGCGGCUCCAAUGCAGGAGCGGGCGCGGAGGUCAAGCGGGUAGCGGGGGUCGAAACGCUACUGCUGGCGUUGAGGCCUCAUACUAACUACACCGUACAAGCGCUCGCAUAUACAGCGGCCGGCGAUGGUGUGCCCGCUCAUCCAAUACAUUGUACCACGCAACAAGACGUGCCUGGGUCUCCAGCGGCAGUGAAGGUAGUGGCUACAUCAGUUACAUCUCUAGCAGUCAGCUGGCUGCCGCCCAGUCGACCAAACGGACCCAUUUUAUACUAUACCGUGUUCUAUAGAGAACUUGGCAGGGAUAGACCACCUAUAACAACCACCGUCCAAGUAGAAGAAGGCGAUCCAUUUGUUGGUUUAGGUGGCUCAACAGAGUUGAGAUCGCUUUCUGAAGGGGCUACUUAUGAGGCUUGGGUAGCUGCCCACUCUGUAGCUGGUGAAGGAGAACCUUCUCCACCGCAACCAGCUACGACAACAUCAAGAGCGCGAGCAAGACUCCUAUCGUUCGGCGUUUGGGCCCGAGUACAGUGCGGUCACUCGCUGCGUCUAGCUUGUGCGUGGCGCGGUGAGCCGGCCCCGCGUGCUCGCUGGUUGCGGGGCGACCGGCCCGUCACGCAUGAUCCUAGGACACAUCUUACGCCGCAUGGACAUCUUGCUAUACACGAAGUGGAUGCCUCCACGAGUGGCAACUACACGUGCUCAGCUCGCAACACAUUCGGUUCCGAAGAGGUGACGUACCGCGUGGAAUGUGCGGCGCCGCCGUCCGCUCCCGCGCUUACCUUGGACCACGCGGCGCAUACCGACGCCCGUCUUACUUGGAGGACUACGCAUCAUCCCGCCGCGCCGCCGCAUGGUUUCACAAUCUGGUGGGUACGUGUGCGUGAUGACACAGGGGAUGGUUUGGAGCCUAUCAGCUCCCGUUCUGAGGAGGAACGAAGGUUGGAGACAGGAGGAGAGGCAGCUAGCGUGGUGCUGAGAGCUCUGUCGUGUGGGGCCACGUACUCUGUACGAGCGGUGGCGCAUUCAAGAGCGGGUUCGUCGCCGCCUUCCGUGCCACUCAUGGUCAAGACGAAACCACCAGUCCUGGUAUGGGAAGGUGGGGGGGAGGACAGACUGGAAGAAGGCGCCGAGGCAGCAGUGUGGAGCAACUCCAGUGCUCUCGCGUUGGACGCCAGGCGCGCCGUGCGAUGUGGUGCCAGGCUUGUCAGGCUGCAAUGGCGACGAGCUGAUGCAGCUGGGGCGGUUGCUUGGAGGGACGCCGACCUUACCUCGCUGCAUCAUCAUCGGGAGGUCGUGAUCGCCGGGCUAUCCCCGGGCGCGUGGUAUGCUCUGCGCUUGUGGACGGCGACGGAGUCAGCCCGACACCAGGCUGUUAUUUAUGCGGCCACCACCACGCAUUCCGGAGAGCGUCUCCGUCGUCCAGUGGCCUUCCAAUCCGAGGGUGGUCAGAUAAUAACAUCGAAUGGGAACGCUGACACGGAGCGAGUUCUCGGAGCAGUGUCGCUUGCAUUCGCUGCACUCGCCGCGCUCGCUGUCACUGCACUGUUGCUUGUGUUACUGGCUAAACGAAGCACGCUUUGGCCAUGCGGAGGUCCUACUGACGAAGAGACAAGACGCUGCAGCCACUCCGUGGCCAGCACCGACAAGUCCGUCUGUCCCGAGCAGCAGAAUAUCAGGAACUGUCAACAUGACUACAAACAUGAUAAACUGUCACCUGCUUCAGAUGUGUACGAGAUAAGCCCAUACGCGACCUUCGCCGUGGGCGGCGAGGCGGCGGCUGCAGCAACCUUGGACCAUACCCUGCAGUUCCGCACCUUCGGCCACCGAGACAACGAUGCUCCUCCUCACAGGCCCUGCAGGAAGCACCCUCAGAGACACCGGGAGAGGGCCGAAGUGGAGAAGCACCACUCAGAGUGCGAGCUGCAGCAGCUGAGCCGAUACGAGAAGGUGCGGCCGAGGCACUGCGCGCCCACCUCCUACUGCGUGCCGCUGGCUCAUCACGCCAAAGCCGCUCUGUCAGCCAGCAUGCUCGGCGCAGGCGGUAGCGGGGGCGGCAGCGGCAGCGGGGGCGGGUGCGGCAGCGGCGGCGGCCUCUCCGAGGUGUACGCGGGCGACUCCAGCGCGGAGUCGGGCCCCGGCUCGCUGUCGCCGCGCACGCACCACGAGCACAGCUAGCGCGCCGCCCGCUCUGCUGCCGGGGCCGGCGGCACCAACCAUAUCGUACGUCACAACGAUACCUAGACCCGAAGUCAUCGACAAC